GGAAUAACUAUGAGAGCCAGUGGCCUUUUCGCGGUUGUCUUCUCCCUGGUGUUGUUGAGCCUCCGGUCGGAGGCAUAUGAGGCAAGAGGUUACACAGAUACGUCCGAUGGAUACUGCGUCGGGGAGUACGGCGUGGUUCCGGUCGGUGGGACGGGCUACGACGACAUACGCUGUGAAAGAAUCCUUUGUACAGAAGGGAUGUACACGCGUCAAGGGUGUGGUGUAGUAGCUGUAAAAGACUUGCCAUCGAACUGCGAACUUGUUUCGAGACCUGGCCAUUACCCAAACUGCUGCAAGCAGUUUGUCGAAUGUGAGGACGACGACUCCAGCGAAGAAGAAUGAAGAAAGAACCCCCUACGACCACCCAACCACUCAAAAUAACCGAAUAUUUCAUUUCUUAAAACGAAAGUGCUAUGAUAAAGACUAUGUUUAAUAUGGAAUAAAUUUUUUUAGAAUUUUUCGAA